AUGGCGUCACGCGAAGAAGCAGGUGCACCAAAGCUCAGCAGCAGCGUGAAGCUGGUGCUUCUGGGAGAGGCCGCUGUUGGAAAGUCUUCUCUCGUUCUUCGUUUCGUGAAUGAUGAUUUCCAGGAGAACAAAGAACCCACUAUCGGAGCCGCUUUCUUGACCCAGAAGUGUAACCUUCCAACAAGAACUAUUAAAUUCGAGAUUUGGGAUACUGCUGGCCAAGAACGUUUCGCCUCAUUGGCGCCAAUGUACUACCGCAAUGCCCAAACUGCGCUUGUUGUCUACGAUAUCACCAAGCCUACCUCCCUCACAAAAGCUAAGCACUGGGUAGCUGAGCUCCAGCGCCAAGCUUCGCCCGGUAUUGUCAUUGCCUUGGUUGGGAACAAGCUCGAUCUUGCCUCAAGCAAUGCCAUCUCUGCAAACGCAGACGAUGUCGAUGAUGCGGAGAAUGAAGAUCGCAGAGCUAUCCCUACCUCUGAGGCAAAGGCGUAUGCAGAGGAGGAGAGCUUGCUCUUUUACGAGACCAGUGCGAAGACUGGAGAGAAUGUGCAGGCCGUAUUUGAGGCGAUCGCAAAUGCCAUUCCUGAAAGCACAUUGAAGCCGAGGGGCGGUGCUGGAACUGGGAUGGGCGGCGGUGCCAGAUCUAGUGCCAACGAGGGACACAGUCAUGCGGUCAACAUGGCAGACGCAACCAGAGCGGCCAAGGAGGGAUGCGCGUGCUAG